AUGGAAUCUCCCACAGUAUCCAGCGAUGUUCGUGGCUUCCCCGGACGUCAGUUCAGCUCCGCAAAACUCCUUGCCAAAGAGGACGAAAAGGUAGAUGUUCCACGAUAUAUGCCUAAGGGGUUGACCUUCAAUCACGUUCCUGCUGAGAACGUCGCUGUUUGGGUCACGGCUGAUGAGAUUGCUGUUGAGGAUAGUGCCGUCGACAAGAUCACUGCUGAAAAGGCUACCAUCGAAGAUGUUCCCGUAGCAAGGGCCACCAUGAAGAAUGCUAGGGCUAUGAAGGUGUUGUCUAAAAAUCAAUCAUCCGCCAUCUUCCUAGAACAACAUGGGUACUCAGUCUUUCAAGACAGCGACGAACGCCAUGGACCUGGUGAAUGA